AUGUCGGUGCGAGAGAAAAGCAACAUCUUCAAUCGAAGGACAACUGGUGGAAAGACUCCAAAACUUGAGCGACAGCGUCGGAAAACCCAGCCGAUCACCUUCGACGACAUCGCACGAGCCAAUCAGAGAAUUCUCGACAGUGCUGGCGGUCUAGGCUUAGAAACUCCUCUGGAAUGCUUUAUUGAUGAGGAGUUCGAUCUGGGCUCCAUGGUUUCUAGUCCUGCUGCCAGCGUGCUGAGUGACGUGUCCGAAUACGGCCUCCCAAUCUCUCCCAAGGGCCGGGCUCGAAUCUUCUGA